AUGGGAGUAACUCAAUUACCUCCUGCAAUCGCAGCAGUUUUCGAGUAUGCACAGUACUGUAAUCUUACAACUGGAGUACAGUACGCUAUUGAAGGUCUUCACAGUAUGGGCAUGCCGUGGGUUGGAACGAUAGUGAUUUCUGGGCUAGCGCUGCGUCUUGUCACAUCACCGACUCAUAUAAUGGCUGAGAAAAUUUUCGCGAAACGACUUCACGCAACAAAUUUUUUCAACCAAGAAAUCCUUAAGAGACUCAGUGCCUACUACAAGUUGGACAUAGUGCCUAGUGCAGACGGAACGAAGUUGCAGCUGAACACUACGGAUGAAAAAAUUCUACGAAGAAGUAAUGAGCUCAUUGAAGAGCACACCGCGAAGUAUUUGCGCGAAAAUCGUCUGCAGGCAUCCCGAAUUCAGAACCUGAAAAUGUGUACUGUGCCAGUUUGGAUAUUUUCAUCGUUCGCAUUACGCAAUAUUAUCUCAUCUGAUUUCCAUCCAAGCAUCGAUGGAAUUCUUUGGUUUCCGAAUUUGUUGCAACCGGAUCCGUAUUUUAUAUUGCCAAUAGCUGUGGGAGUGUUUGGCUUCUUCAAUUUAUGGGACANUUUAUCCGGUGGUAAUGAAUACGUUUCGCACGAGGUCGUACGAUGUCCUGCUGGUGUUUUUCACACUAUUUGCUGUUCGGAUUAUGAUGGAUAUGCCGGCUUAGUGUUCACCCGUGCUGAUCGGUGUAUAAAUUACGAUAAUGUACCACUUUUAGUGUAUUCCAUUAUACUGGCUGAUGGUUUCCGUGACUGGCGUAGUGCAGAGCCUGAUGUUACGGCACCCACGUGUCAAACAGAUACUUGGAAUUAA